CUGGUUUUGUGGGGAGUUUGGAUUCCCAUCCCUCCCAGCAAUGUUAGGUUCAAGGUGAAGAAGCUAACGGAUGCCUUUCACAGAGAAACACGUGGUGACCACAGCCGCUCCGUCAACACCUGUGACAGUAUCAUGUCCGCCUCAUCAGACUUCCUGUGCUGACCGAUCCAUGUGCAUCGACGCCGAUAGUUUCUGUGAUGGCGUCCAUGACUGUGCUGACGACUCAGAUGAGGAUGCCACCCAUUGUGCAACCCAGUGUGAUGGACAGUUUGUGGUGCUUGGGCCAACGGGAUUGUUGGCUUCUGAGACGCACGACACUGGCGGCUUCUGCCGUUGGAUCAUCAGGGUCCAAAGCGGAUUUUCAGUGAAGAUGAACUUGCAGUUUGUGAGCAAAGGAAAUGUUGCCAUUCUGAGAUUUUAUGAAGGAGUUGGCGCUGAAAAGUGGCUUGCAGCCGAGUUCUCAGGCUCCACCCCUGCGGGGACAGUGUGGCUGCUGACAGACCAAUCCACCGUGGAGUUUUCCUGGCAUGAUUUUACCAGCACGUCGGGAUUCAGCGCCACCUUCCAUGCCGUGAACGUGUCACAGCUCCCCGUCGAGGAGAAGCUAACAUGCACCUUUGAGCGAGGCGUAUGCUUGUGGAGGCAACAUCAUGACGACGACGGCGACUGGCUUCGAACCAGAGGCUCCACCUUCCCUCCACUCAGUGGCCCGAGUGUCGACCACACCCUGGGAAACUUGUCGGGUUUCUACUUGGUUACGCCUCUGAGCCCCGGCCAAUGGCUGAAGAGCUUCAGGAUUCACAGCCUGCCUUUGACUCCACCCCUUCAGCCCGUGUGUCUCCAAUUCUGGUAUCACAUGUUUGGAGAAGACGUCCAUCGUCUUCAAGUCCUGUUGCUCCAAACGUCUCCUUCGCAUCCUCACGGUGUCGUCACCGUGGUCUUUAACAAGGACGGCAACUAUGGUGACAACUGGAAUUACGGCCAGGUGCUCCUCAACCUGACAACAGAAACUCAGGUUGUCUUUCAAGCUCUGAAGAAAGGAGGCAUGAGGAAUGAUAUCGCUUUGGAUGACAUCACACUGACUUCUGAGCCAUGUGGCCCUGCCCCCCCUGAACCAACCAUCGUGCCAACCCCAACCACCACACCCCCCAUGCCAGCUGACUGUGGCGGUCCUUUUGACCUCUGGGAGCCAAACUCGACCUUCAGCUCUCCAAAUUACCCAGAAAACUAUGGACAGGAAGCGCGCUGUGUGUGGACGCUGCACACCGUCCCAGGUGAAAACAUCCAACUUCACUUCCUGGAUAUGCAUGUCGAAGCUCACUAUGACAUGGUGGAGGUGAGGGACGGGGCAGGGCCAAAUUCCACCUUACUGGCCGUUCUCACUGGCAGUGAAGCCCCCGUCUGUGACUUCUUUUCCACAACCAAUCAGAUGACAGUCUGUUUUUUCACGGACAAGUCGGGUCACGGUCGUGGAUUUAAGGCCAACUUUACCUCUGGGCUCAACUUGGGCUCCCCAGAUCCUUGUGCUGAAGACCAGUUCCAGUGUGGGACAGGUGACUGUAUCCAUGGUAACAGUCAGUGUGAUGGCGUGAUGGACUGUCGCGAUGCUUCAGAUGAAGCUGAGUGUGUUGUCUUACCGGGCGUCGCUUCACGUGGUCUCCAGUUUCUGAUUGGCUCUUCUCUGUUCACCGUGUGUGCGGACACCUGGAGUCCUCACCUGUCAGACUUCACCUGUCAGUACCUGGGACACAGGUCUGGGUGGAGCACCCUGCAGCCGGCCAUGACAGGAGAUUCGCCUUUCGUGAGUGUCAAGGUCACUGGGGAUGGCGGUCUGGAAUCCAGCGUGAGUGAAAGUUGUGCUGGCGACCACGUGAUUUCUCUCCACUGUGACAACCAGCCAUGCGGCGCUCGUUUCAUUGCCAAUGACAGCGUGGACCAAUCGGUGGCCAGGGAAGGUGAGGUCAAAGUGGUGGGCGGGGCUGACAGUGAGAAGGGAGCGUGGCCAUGGAUGGUGUCACUGCAUUGGAAGGGUCGACAUGUGUGCGGCGCUGCUUUGCUGGGCAAUAAUUGGCUGCUGACUGCCGCCCACUGUGUGUAUGGGAAGGACCACCCCCUCCACUUGUGGUCGGCAAAGUUUGGACUUCAUACUCAGAGUGACACGAACGACGUUGAAACGCGCCAACUUGAUCGCAUCAUCAUCAACGACCGUUACAACCGACAAAGCAAAGAUAGCGACAUCGCCAUGAUGCACCUAAAGAUGCCCGUCAACAUGACUGAGUUCAUACAACCAGUGUGUUUACCUGAAAAAGGGCAAGAGUUCCCAGCAGGAAGGAAAUGUUUCAUUGCUGGUUGGGGACGAGAUGCUGACGGUUCUCUCCCUAAUGUUCUCCAGGAGGCCAUGGUCCCACUGGUAGACCAGGCUGAGUGUCAGCAGUGCUUGCCGGAGUACCGUAUUACCUCCAACAUGCUGUGUGCAGGAUACCGAGAGGGCGGAGUGGACUCUUGUCAGGGUGACUCUGGAGGUCCGCUCAUGUGUUGGGAGGAUGGAUACUGGACUCUAAUUGGUGUCACGUCGUUUGGCAUCGGUUGUGGUCAACCUGACCGGCCUGGCGUUUACGCUCGUGUCUCGUCCUUUGUGCAUUGGAUAGCUCAGACCCGACGCUCCUCCUUGCUGUGGAGGCCAUGACCACUGAUGACAUCAUCAAACUGCAGCUGCUCUGAUUGUCUGCAUCACAGAAUGAAAGCUUUUAGUUUUAUCAUG